GUUGUUGUGUACCUUCAAGUCUUUUCAGACUUAGGGCAACCCUAGGUCUAAAAUUUAGGACGGGGCUGGGUAAAUGACCUUGGAGAGCGGCAUCUGGCCUGCAGGCCUUAGUUUGGAGACCCCUUCCCAAGACCAUUCCUUAUUUGAGGUUCAAACCUCUACCAACAAGACCAAUAACAUUUAAAAAAAUAUUCCAAUAUAAGAAUGUUUGUGUGUUUCACCGCCAAGUACAAUUCCUCUUAUAUUCUGUUUGGCAUUGAAGCUGAGAUAUCUUGCUACAAGCAGAUGAAACUAUGAUAUGUGUGGGUAUGGUAGAAGUUAAAGAAAAGCCAGGAUUGGUUCCAGGUUGGUUAAGAGAACUAUGAGAUUGACUGUAAAAUAUGGGAGCAGCAGGAACCUCCUUUGGCUCAAACUGACAGACCUGUCAUUCCUGAGUAAGCCUUGCAACAUCAUUCCAAUGAAUUGCUAAUUAAAUCAUUUCUGCAAUGCCUUUGCCAUCAGGAACCCAAACUCUGGGGAGCACUUGGCGUAAGAAAGAGAAGAGAGGAGUGUGGUUUCCAAUUGGGCGUAUUCCUUUGUACCAUGGAGUGGGAGCAAACGGAGGCAUUUGACAACUCACCUUGGCCAGCUACUACUCUCCCUGAUUGGAUGUCAUGUUUACCUGACCAUUUCUCUCUGUCCCGAAUUUCCAUCCCCGGCACUCAUGACUCCAUGAGUCUGUUUGGUGGUUCAAAGAUUCGAUGCCAGAGUUGGCCGCUUGAAGCACAGUUAGUGGCUGGUGUACGCUUCCUGGAUAUUCGUUGUAAACUAGAAGGCGGCAACUUCCUUAUCUACCAUGUCAACACCUUCCAAAAGGCCAGUUUUUCUGAUGUCCUGAAAGACACCUUGAGUUUCCUCCAGAAACACCCCCAGGAGACGAUCCUCAUGAGGGUGAAAGAGGAACUCCCAAUUAUUCCCAAUGCAGGUUUUGCUCCUCGCUUGCGACGUUAUUUGGAUGAAGAAGGAUGGGGCCAAGUUUGGGCAAAAGAGGCUCUUCCUACCUUAGGUCAAGUCCGUGGAAAGCUUGUCAUCUUGGAGGAACUAAAGAACGAGGUGUUAGGAGUCCCCUAUGAGGAACUCAGUGUUGGCGACGCUUGGCAUGUUCUCUCUCCAGAGCGCAAAUGGGAGCGGGUGAAGGAGCAUCUUAGUGUGGCCACUACCGGUAGCCAGGCUGUCUUGCACCUUACUUUUUGCUCUGGGAAUGGGUUCUUCACAAACCCUGAGGCAUUGGCCAAAGAGAUCAAUCCACGUUGUUAUGAAUAUUUAAGGGCCCGAACUGGACAAGCAGUACGCUGGGGUGUGGUGAUCAUGGAUUUUCCUGGUAUAGGACUGAUUCAAACCAUCACGGAGAGUAAUUGUGAAACAGGGAGUGUUCACUCAACCACUUAGCAUGUGUGAUGAAACAAGGCAGGAAGAGGAAUGAAGAUUCUGGGACUUUUCAACAUUCUAGCUUGGGAUACCUGGUAAUCAUUGGCUUUAGUUAGGCGACAUACCAGUGAGCCUGGAAAAACUGCUUUUGUGGACUGUAUCAAAAUACAUACAAAAUAUGUGUUAUGCCUUCAAGUUUACUUAGGUAAGGAAUAUCCGCAGGUGUUACUUCCUCUGGAAUAUAGCCUACAGUACCUUUGGUAGUUUCUCAUCCAAAUGCUGAACACCUCCCUCCCUCCUCCUCUUAGAAUCAUAGAGUUGGAAGACAUCACAUGGGCCAUCUAGUCCAACACCUUCUGCCAUGCAGGAAAAGUGCUAUCAAAGCACCCCUGACAGAUGGCCAUCCAGCCUUAGUACAAAAGCCUUCAAUGGAGGAGAUUCAGAGACAGAGAGUUCCACAAUUUAACAGUUCUUAUGGUUAGGAAGUUCUUCUUAAUGUUCAAGUAGAAUCUCCUUUCCUGCUGUUCAAGACCAUUUCUCCUAGUCCUGCUCUCGAGGGCAGUAGGAAACAAGCCUGCUCCCUCUUCCUCAUGACACACUUUCAAAUAUUGAAACAUGGCAAUCAUGCCUCCUCUCAACUAUCUCUUCCCAGCUCUUUAAGCUGUUCCUCAUAGGAAUUUAAGGUCUCCAGACCUCUGAUCAUUUUAGUUGCCCUCCUCUGGAUAAGUUCCAGUUUGUCAAUAUAUCUUUUUUAAAUUGUGGUUCCCAGAACACACAGACACACACACACAUAUAUAUACACAUAUAAACUUUAAAUAGCAUAGGGAAGAUUGACAUCCCUGUGGUGUCUGUUUUGCUGUCUCUGUUCCUGUUCAGAAGAUGUCACAUCACUUUCCGUCCCUGUGAGAAUUGGAUUUUGAAAAAAAAAUGGAAACAAGAAUUGGAUAUAAAGCUCCAGUGGAGACACUUUCCCCUUGAUAACCCUUUCAAGAGUGAACUUCCCUGUUGUCUCAGCCCCAUUCUUAACUGGGAGUCAUUUGUAACCCAGGGACAGCCUGCGGUCUGAAGAACAACAUUGUUACACAAACAUGGAUAGUCCUAAAGGAUGGUCCAUCCUGAAGGCUGUGAAAUCCAUGCCUUACAUCCCUUUCUUUUAGUGCAAGAUUGGCAGGUGUUUAAGGGUGGAUUUUGGUGGUCUCCUUUGCAAAAACAAAAAAACGAAUGGGACCAAAAGGCUUUGUGUUAUCUCUAAAUACAGAAGUGGAAGAUGAUCUUCAUUGUUCUCUUGUAAAGACUGCCCUGAGAAUUUCUGAUCUGGUGAGAAAGAAGCAAUCUCGACCUUUGACUUUUUACACAUACUGUCACAAAAUGUAGCAAUGUAGCUUACUGUUGUUAUAUUAAGACUGUUACCCAUGCUACAUCAUGCUUCAAGAAAAAAAUCAUUUAUUUGUAAUUAGAAAUAAAUAUUUCACAAUAUAUAAUUA